CAAGAACCAAAAACAAGAAAAAAAUUCAUGAAUCCUCCUCCAUAAAUAAGGUCAACCAAAGUCUUCCCUUUCCAUCUGCCCCUCCCUUGGUCAUUAUUGUUAUUCAUUGCAAUUGAUUCCUGAUGCUUAGACAUAUACUUAUAGCUUCCAGUAUACAGGGAACAAACCAGUUUCAAUGGAAAAGUUGCUCUUCCUUUACUUACUCUUACCUUUGUUUCUAACACUCCAGUUUUAUCCUGUUCCAAUUCUGUCCCAUCCUUAUAAUUUUCCAGAUAAAUUCUUCAUCAACUGUGGGUCGGGUUCUAGUUUGCCACAAUGCGGCAACAGGAAGUUUGUUGGUGACAAGAAUCCCAAUUCCUUCUCUGUUGAAAUCAGCAAAUAUGUCCAAGACACUAACCAGUCCACAACAGAGUUGUCUCUCUACAAAGCAACAAGGUUUUACAGAUGCCCAUUUUCGUAUGAGUUCGACAUCACUGACAAAGGCCUGCAUGCGGUACGCCUUCAUUUUUUUCCAUUCUUGUCCAACAAGGCUAAUCUAGCUGAUGCUUUAUUCAAUGUUUCUGCUUCCAAUAAGUCUCUGGUAUCCAAUCUCAGUUUCAGAAACAUUACUUCUUUCCCUUUGAUCAAGGAUUUCUUGGUGCCUAUCAAUUCAGCCAGCUUUAGAAUCUACUUCAUCCCUGCAUUUAGAACAUCUUUUGCUUUUGUGAAUGCUAUAGAAGUUUUUCGUGUUCCAAAUCUUAAGGACAACCGAAUUCAUGUUACUUCAACAGGAAAUAAGGGUCCUUUCAAAGGCUUGACCUUUCAGGUACUUAGAACAGUUAUGAGGGUUAAUGUUGGGGGUCAAUCAAUUAGUGACCAAAGUGCUGCGGCAUCAGUAUGGUUAGCUGAUGAUGACUAUAUAUUUAUUGGAAAUUCAUCAAAAAGGUGUACCUAUCUGCAGAAUGGUAAGGUAAACUAUGUUGAUGAAGAAAUACCUAACGAAAACUUUACUCUAGCAUCUGAAAACUUAGUUCCAAAGGCUGUUUAUAUGUCUUGCAGAAAAGUAAUCUUAAAUGAUGGACAAGCAUCAAAUUCUACUAACAUUACUUGGCAUUUCAAAGUCAGUAAGAAUGCCCGUCAUCUUGUUCGGGCUCAUUUCUGUGACAUUAUUGCUCCGGGGGUUAACACAGUGUAUUUCGGUCUCUUUAUAUACAGCAAGUACAAACAAGAAAUUAGUCCUAAUGAGGAUUCUGGUUUUACAGCAAUUCCAUUCUACUAUGAUUUUGUGGUUGACUCGGGUGAUUCUGACUUUAUUGGUAUUAGUGUUGUCCUUGGGGAGGAGUUAGCGACAGAUAUAUAUGCUUACCUGAGUGGACUCGAGAUCAUGGAGUUUAUCAAAGAACCAGGCUUGGAACUAGAAAUAAGGCAACCAAAAGGGAAGCGUGCAAUAUUUAUCAUAACCGGUUCAGUCGUUGGGUUUCUUGUUAUCUGUGGCUUGUUGGUGUUCUCCUUGUUGUGCAAGACUUCGUAUGGUGUCCGUACCCUUCGUUUUCUAAGAAUGAGCUCUUAUCUUGGAACAGGCACAAGAUCUGUCAAUCCCCCUCAGUUAAAUAUGUCUUUUGCUGAAAUAGUAGAGGCAACAAAAAACUUCGAGGCCAAAUUGCUGAUUGGGAAAGGAGGCUUCGGUAAGGUUUAUAGAGGAACUCUACGGAAUGAUCUCAAAGUGGGAAUGAAAAGAAGCGAGUCAAAACAUGGUCAGGGCCUUCCAGAAUUCCAAACUGAGGUUAUGGUUCUAUCCAGGAUUCGACAUCGCCAUCUUGUUGCCCUGAUUGGAUAUUGCAAUGAAGGGCCUGAGAUGAUACUGGUGUAUGAGUUCAUGGAGAAGGGGAAUCUCAGAGACCAUCUUUACAAGUUGCAUCAGAAUCUGGAGAAAUCAUCUAUAUUAUCUUCAUUGACAUUGAAUCAAAGGCUUGAAAUUUGUAUCGGAGCAGCUGAGGGUCUUCAUUACCUCCACACCAGUUCAGAUGGAGGAAUCAUUCAUCGUGAUGUUAAGUCCACAAACAUAUUGCUUGAUGAAGGAUAUGUAGCAAAGGUUGCGGAUUUUGGCCUUUCCAAAUCAGGUCUGCUUGAUCCAGCUGAGCGCAGCAUAGGCGUAAAAGGCAGCUUCGGUUAUCUCGAUCCUGAGUAUUUUAAAUGCCUUCAGUUCACGGAAAAAUCUGAUGUUUAUUCAUUUGGUGUGGUACUCCUGGAAGUGCAUUGUGCUAGACCAGCUAUCCUUACCUCCCAAAGGAUGGAAGAAAUAAAUUUAGCUGAGUGGGGAUUGUCUUGGUUAAAAAAAGGGGAACUUGAAAAGAUUAUUGAUCCUUCAGUGGCAGGCCAGAUUAAUAUUAAUUCACUGAGGAAAUUCAGUGAAAUAGUUGAGAAAUGUCUGAAGCCCACUGGAGCCAACAGGCCUACAAUGCAUGAUGUCUACUGGGACUUGAAAUACACAUUGCAGCUACAGCAAACUGCAGUGUGCCGAGAGCCCCACGAGGACAGCGCCAUAGAUCCUUCUCUGGACUCAUCAUCACCAACUUUUCAGCAUUUACCAUCAAACAGCUUCCCAAUGGAGAAAGAUUAUGUGCCUAUGGAAAAGGAUGAUGGUUCUGCCACAACAUCUAGUGGAGUCUUCUCCCAGCUGAAGAUUGAUGAUGGCAGAUAGUCCUUUGCCUAGUAAUUUGUCUGUUCUAUCACUAUGUUGAUGUUGAAUGUAUAUUGUUUCUAAGACUUUCAUUGAGUUCACGCACAUUUGUAUUAAUACAGCCUUAUUUUCAUGUUGUGUAUGUGUAGUGCAAUUCUGUCCAAAAUUAUCAACUCUAGUGGGUGAUAUUCAAGUGA